GAUUCUUGCUUGUAAAUUUUGUUCCAUUUUCUGCUCGCAUCUUUUUAGCUUCUGGGCUUCUCUCUAGUUUGCUAUUUUUGAAGUUGGAGAUUAUUUUCUUGUCAUUUCCCAGUUUGAACAAAAAAAAAAAAAAAAGAUUUUGGUAGAACUCAUUUUCGCCUAAAUAUGUGAUGUUAUGUGGUAGAUGUUAUGGGUUAGGUUAAAGUUCCAAUUUUUAUUUCUGGGUUUGGAGAUAGGAGCUAUCUGCAGGUUUUGUGAAUUACCAUACUCCUAUUUUUUAUGCUUAAUAAUUUUGAGAAAAUAAUCAGUUUUCUUCACAUGUAUUCUAUGUCUGAUUCUAGUGUUUAGAUCCUGUGUUGGCUGUGAGCAAGUUAGGUUUUUUUUGUGUGUGCAUAGUUUUGAUUUGUUCAUUUCUUAGUUGUCAAUUUGUCAUGAUUUUGCACUCAAACUCCAUCUGUUUGCCCUUGCAACUCUCAACAUUUAGUAUGUGUAUAUUUAGUCUGUUACAACUUGUAUGAAAUGUUUUGUGCUUAUAAACAGAGCAUUCUUAUGCGAAUUCACUCGAAAAAUUGUUGGUUUAGAAGGUUUAAGUCAUUUUUGUGAUAGGAAGGUGUUAUAUUUACAUUACUAUGUGUGGACCUUAUUUAGAGAGUGUUUGGCUAAGCUUAUUUCCGAGAGCUUAUACAAUUCAUUUUCUUAUAAGAUGUAAGGCUUCAAGAGCUUAGAAGUUGUGAAAGUGUUUGGAUGAUUAGAGAGAGACUAUUGAAGAGAGGUGAAAUUGAAAGGUUGGAAAAAAUGUCGGAGGGGCUCGUACACAACAUCAUGGAUGCAAUUUCUGAUAAUGUAUCAAAACACAAGAAAGUUUCAUUCUCUGAGGAUGACGACUCGAGCUCCGUCUCUUGUCAGGUGAAGAAACUGUUUGGGCGUGAGAAGCCCGUUCACCAUAUUCUUGGUGGUGGCAAAUCUGCUGAUGUCCUACUAUGGAGGAACAAGAAGAUCUCGGCUGGCGUCUUAGGUGGUGCCACCGUUGUCUGGGUGCUCUUUGAGUGGCUCAACUACAACUUCCUCUCACUCUCAUGCUUCGCUCUCAUCAUUGCAUUGUUGCUUCAAUUUCUUUGGACAAAUGCUUCGAGCAUACUAAACCGAUCUUCGUCUUCAGCCCCCCGUGUCGUUCUUCCUGAGGAGGUUUUCGUCAACAUAGGCAAGAUGGUCGGGACUGAGGUGAACCGCAGUUUAAUCUACUUGCAAGACGUCGCCUGUGAAGGCACUAUUAAACAGUUUGUUGUGGUUGUUGGUAGCUUGUUAGCUGCUGCUAUUAUUGGGAGCUGGUGCAACUUUCUCACUGUGAUAUACAUUGGUUUCAUCGCUGCUCACACGCUGCCCGUCUUGUACGAAAAAUACGAUGACCAAAUAGACAACUUCAUCUUGAGCGCCCUCGGGCAGGUGCAGCACAACUACGGCAAGCUGGAUGCCGGUGUCCUCAAGCGAAUCCCUAGGGCCGGCUCGUUCAAAAACUGGGGGAGGAAGACCGAUUAGGGUUUUCUUCGCGAUAAACACUUGAUAUGUACAAUGAUGUUUUGACGAGACGGUUUGUCAAGACACUAUUUCUAUCGAUCUUCUCUGUUCUAGUAGGGCGUUAUAAGAAUCAACGGUUAAUUCUCAAAA